AUGGCCUCGUCUCGUUUCGAAGUUUCCAACGAUGCGAGGUCCUCGAUCUCAAGGUUGGGUCCAGAUCCACAGUCGACACCUACAUUUUGCCAGACUGACAAAGAUCUAGGUCUCCAGGAUGAGGACGACUUGCUAAAACUCAUGAUGGAGGAACGAGUUUCUGGCCCUGAUCAAGAGGAGAGCUCCAGGUUCCCUGAUGCGCACGCCAUCUUUAGAGACUUUUGUCUACCACACCAAUCUACCGCAAAAGACGCGAAAGGACCAAAUCUCAGCGAUGUGCUCGCUCAAGUGGAGUAUGGGUUCGGUCGCCGAGAGGUUAAGCGAAAGUUGUCAUCUCCACUGUGGGGUUGCGACACCAAGGACGAAUAUCGAUAUUAUGAUGAGGUCUCCCACUACGCUCGUUUCAUCUAUUUGAUAAUACUCGAAUGGGACAAGAACCUGCAAGUACGAUGUUCAGAUCGAUCGCGCCGUCCUUGGGCUCGGCGGUCUACGCAAGAGCGCGUGAUCGUGGUCAAAGAUCUGUACCGUCUCGUUCAAUGUAUCCGGCAGCACUGCUGCGAUCCAAGCCAACCGCAUCCUAUCAUCCAGGCGUUAGAUCAAGCACGGCCAAAGAUCAAUAUAAUUCCUCCAAUCGACUAUGAGCCGACAUGCUUUGAGCAAAUGUUGCAGCUUCUGCCAUUGAAAAGAUCGUUGCUCCGUUUUGUCGCAGCCGUUUUUAGGGAUCCAGCGUUCAUCCACACCUACAUGAACUUCCGGGACGAAUGCUUAGAUGGUGUUGCCUAUUUGCACCUUCACUAUACCAAAGCUGACGGGCCACGCGCGGACGAUGUUGUGAACGAAGUGCUUUCGCACAUAGACUCUACCAUCGGCAAACGUCCAAUCAGUCAAAAGUACAGCAGUGCAACAACCGAUCAAAGGAAAGAUUGGACCGUCUUAGAGCACUACAGCUACAUUGUCUUUCAGUUUGCCGCUUCAUGGCGAACUAGAUGGAACAACUUUAUGGUCUGGCCAGAAGACGAUGCGGAUUCGGACAAGAGUCUCCGUCGGCUUAUCUUGAUCAAGCUACUGUUCCUAGUGCGAUGCAUAAAGAAUCAGCACCACAGCACAAGACAGACAAGUAUCAUGCAGAGGCUGUAG